AGGAGAUCUCGAUGCCCGAAGAGGACAUAGGCGACCUAAGCGACGUCGUCGACGCGAUCAACAAGUUAUGCGACACGAUGAAGACUUCGACUUACGACGAGCCGUAUGACGACUGUCAGGACGAUACUCUGAGUAUGACGAGUACGUUGACCUCGCAGUAUGACAGCUCGUACGAGACCGCGUCCGUGACCCGCACGCUGCAGCACGAGUGCUCACAGGAGCCGCCGCCGGUGCCGGUGAGGCGAGCCUUUCAACGGGAACCCGACGAGACUGCGGCCGUGACGCAGUCGGAGGUCAUGGACGUCGCCGAAGCUGAAGAGGUAGAAACCCAGAGUGACUACAGAGACAUAGAGCUGGUGAGUCCUGAAGAGGGCGUCGCUCAGACGGCGGUGCCCGGUGCGGAGAGAUGGAGCGACGCCACGUCCGUGUCGCUGCCGGGCCAGGUGGAGGACGCCGAGGCAGUCACGUCCGACACCGACCCGGGCAACGCGCAGUGCGAGCCCGUCAGCGAAAUGUACUACACGGCGUCAUCCGAAGUAUCCCUCCUUUCUGAUACGGAGCUACCCGAUAAUAAAGUCCAGAAUGAAGAUGAGGACAGAGAGAAGGAUGAUAGGAAGAAUGUGAUAGCGGGCCACGUGGCCGCGAUGAGGGAACGGUUCGAGAGCAUGACGAGAACAAAUACGCCUUGCCCGGACCUGAUCCGGUCGCUGUCUCCCUCGCUAGAGGUGUUUAGGAACACCUCCCCUUCCCCUGAUCACUUAGCGUGAAAAACGAAUGUCUACAACUUAUUUAGAAAAUAUCAACUGGUAGCAAAUAAUUGAUUUAGCGAGUGUAUGGAGAAUCGAAUGGUCGAAUUAGCACAUAUACUCGGAUAGAAGCGAGUUCAUAAAUUAUAUUCUUGGAUUUAACACUUUUUCGAGUUAGAAGGGUAUAUGGAUUGGUUGGUAGUAUAUCGAUUACAAUAUCGUGUAAGGUUAUUGACGCACUGAUUUGCAAUAAAUGCCAUAGUUAGCGCGCGUGAUUGAAUAUUAACGAAAGUUACCUUGAUCGGCGGUACUAAAGCGUGAACUGCAGAUGUAGUGACGCAAGUCCCGGUCGAGCGUGACCACAGUGCAAUGUGUUCCAAGGUUCUUUAGAAUAGGAUGCGUAAUUAUGGGUUUGUAAGGAAUAACCAGUAUUGAUAAUAUUCUACCUAUAACUAGUCUCUGUAAUAAGGGCUGAUUUUUCAAUAAACGGAUAAAUUAUUUAAAAAUGGAAUAGCAAAAUUUUGUAUGGAAAAAUUCUAAUUUGGAAGCGAUUAUUCUACGAAUGGACUCUAUUGAGAAAUCGGCCCUAACACCAGUGGGCCUAGCACCGUAAGCAACAGAGAUCGUCUGUCUCUUUCUGUGCAGUACUGUGAGAGAGUGACGGGUGACGUAUGUCAAGGCGAGAAAGAGUCGCGCGCUUACGGUGGUAAGCCCGCAGUAACGUGCCAGCGGUGUUUCCAAUUAUUAGCUACAGGUUGUGAUUAUUUUCGUAGCCACCACAAACGAAAAGGUACAUAACAUAUCGUCGAAGAGUGGUUGUUUAGUUGUAUUGUCUAGAGUAUGGCAACAUUAUUCGUAGUGUCUCAACAUGAAAAUAUUCACUUAUACAUUUUGUGAUCUUGAAAGCUCAAAUUUUGUAGUUUUGUAUUGGAAUUAUGAAUUUAGUCAUGAAAUAACGUUUGUAACGCAUAUUUGUCUUCAGACCAAGUAGCAUGUAUUAUUCUAGCUUAGCUUAUCUUUAACCAGUGCAGGAGUUAUCAAGGUUGCCAACCAAACCAGGAGCCUCGUACAAAUACGAUUUGUGGUCUACCGUACGUGGGCAUAAUCAGAGUCCUACAAUUAACGAACUUUUGACAUAGGGACUUCUAUAGUUAGGUUUUUUUUUAUUACAGGCAUCUUUUUUAUAGCACCAAGAUUCUCACUGAAAUCGUACCACCCUAUUAACUCCUCAAUCAUUAAAUAUAGCAAGAAUGAUAGCUGCCAGAACUAUUUUCUAGAUAUACAUACGUCUAUUUUGCUCUAAGCUGUACUAAAAACUUUAAAAAGAGCAUGAUGUUUUUAUAUUAAAAUUAUUAAAAAAUGACAGCUAAAUUCACACUCAGAGUAACAUUAAAAACUUGAUAAACGUAUGAGAGAUUUCAAAGCGUUGGUUUUAUACGAGAUGUUCAGCUAUUUUCUGGUUGGCAACCCUGGGGAUUAUACUUAUCUGAUACUCGCUGUCUCGAUACUACGCCUGAUUGCUGCCUGCUGGUUCAUUUGCAGCCAUAGGACUCGUUAUAUGUUGUAUUUUAUUCGAAAAAAUUCUAACUCCAUCUAUUCUUGAAGUUUAUCGGGAGAUGGUAGUUUGAAAAAAAAAAUAGACCGUAUUGUGUUUGAUCAGAAUCCUAUUUAUAUGAUUAUGAAAUAUUUGCAAUAUAGCAUUUUAUUACAGUUGCCAUAAUUAGUUUAAGUAUAAAUAAAGUAAGAAUUUGUUGUCAAAUUAUUUUAUUAGCAUCAUUUGUUUAUUGUGAAAUUAUCUGUUGUGAGUUUUCUACCAAAAGGUUUAAUUCGGUUGAUGAUUAGUUUGAUGGUGAUACUAGUUGAGUGUAACGAUUAUAAUUUAUAGGCCUGUUGUAACUUGUAUUCCAGUACUAUUGUAGGGUUUGUAUUGUCGACAGUCUAGCGUUAGUUGUCAUGUAUUAUAAACGUGUUAUGUGUACAGACGAAACCUUUUAUUAUUGUAAUGUAAUUCAAUAUACGGCUUUAUUAAUACAA